UACAUCAAAUAUUAUAAUAUAUAGUUUUAUAACAUAUGCUCAAAAAUAAAUAUAGUGGCAUAGCCGUAAUUAUUAAUAGCUCAAAGACUCUGGUUUGUUUCUUUUCUGUUAAACCGUAACAACCGCAUAAUUUUUUCCUUAAUUACUUAUUUAAUUUAAAUGAUUAAAUCCUUAUAAUUUCCCUCGCGAUGCGAAUCGCAAAAGCACUGUAUAAAUACUCUGUGUAGCUUCCUCUCUCGAGUUGCUUUCUCUCUCUAACUUGAAGUCUCUCUCUCUAACUCUCUCUAGAGCCAAGAAAAUUAUCUCAGUUGUUUGUUUCGCUACAUUUUCUCGGCAGUUUCUCUCGUUUUCCCGGCGGUGAUUCUCUCUUACUUCAGAUGGAAAACGAAAUCGCGCCGUUUAACUACAGCGGAAGCUCAGCCGGAGUCGUCGGAAUCAAGAAAUCCCAAGGAGACUCGUCCUGCGGCGGCGGAGGAGGAGUCGUUUCGUCGUCUCUAUUCUCUGAUCAGCUCUACAAAUCGAGUCGCAACAUCAUGCAGCAGCGUCAAGAUAUGGUGAAUCGAGAGGCGUUGUGUUACACGCGUCUCCAUGAGGCUUCGCUGGAAGCAGAAGCGCUUCGUCUUGAGAACACUGAGCUCCGAUCGAUGAAUCGUCACCUCAAGAAUGAGCUUAACAGUCUCAUCAGAUCCUCGAUCCAGAGCCGACUCGAUUCCGAUAGGGUUCCGUUGCGGAUGCUUAGCAAUCUUUCGAUCGGAGGUAAAGACGGAGUGGAGAAUCAGAACCGUACGGUUAAGCGAGAUGACGUUAGUGAUGAGAGUCCGACGAGUGUUAUGGAGAAUGAGGAUAUGAACCGUUCUUCGCUCCCUAAGAGCAUCUCUGUGAGAUCUAGCGGUUACUCUAAGGCGACCCAAGGUGGUGGUGGUGGAGCUGCUCAAUCUGGUAAAUCUCGUGGAACCAUACCUAAGACUGGGACUUGUGGUGGUCAGCUCAGUACGACGCAAAAGGUGUAUGUGCGAGGAGGAGGAGGAGGGAAGAAAGAAGAUCAGGAGGAGGAAAUAGAAGUGGAGGUCUACAAUCAAGGGAUGACAAAGACAGAGCUGUGCAACAAAUGGCAAGAGACAGGGACAUGCCCAUAUGAUGACCACUGCCAAUUCGCUCACGGCAUUAAGGAACUCCGCCCUGUGAUCCGCCAUCCCCGUUACAAGACUGAGGUUUGCAGAAUGGUUCUUGCUGGUGAUAUCUGUCCUUAUGGUCACCGUUGCCACUUCCGUCACUCACUAUCCGAGCAGGAGAAGCUCGUGGCUGCUGGUUACAAACCCAAGUCAUCCUUGAAGCUGCAUACAUGACCCUGGUUGUCUAAACCCAAGUCAGUCCUCCUUCCAGCUGCUUACAUGACUUCAAAGGUAAAGCGGAAAAAGGUCCGAAACUCAUACAUAAUAUUCCACAGAUAGUACAAUGAUGGUAUUGAUAGCUAUUGAAACGAUUGGCAAAUAUAGCAUUUGGUAAAAAGUGAAUAAAUAAUGUGCAUAAGUAAGAGCGUCCUGGAAACAGUUUGAGUCUAGUAGUUGUUGUUUGAUAUUUUUUUUCUGGUUUAUUCUGAGACUUUUAAAACCCGAGGAAAGUGUAUAUCAUUUGGUUGUUCAUAUGUGGUGAAUGAACUAGUUAUAAAAGGAGUCUUUUGGUACUACAGAGCCUAUAUUGAUGAUAUACUUUGUACCUAUUUGCACUAAACAAGAGGUACAUAUUAUUUGAACCAAGCGAGGGCUUAAAUAGAGAGGUCUAAUUCAUCGAUGUAAGAAAGAUCAACGUUGUGUUUGGGAUAUUGUAAAAAUUUUAAUGGGAGGUUUUAUAUA